CUUAAUGUUGUUUUUGGUUAUAAUCUGAAGUAAAAUAAUUAUUAGAAAUAUAUGUAAAAAACAUUUUUAAAAACUUUUGUUCCAAUUUUUAGACAUGAUCGCUAUGUUUAUUAGUGAAUUGUAAAAGAGUUCUCUUUAUAGCUUUAAUGCUUCAUUUUCAGGAUGGCCGAAGCUCCCCCCCAACCUGCCAAUUCCUGGGCAGAAAUUAAACAAAAAGUCAGCUGUGUCAGGUCCCAUUUCUCGAGCAAAGGUUUACGAACACCCAGCUGUAUAACUUUCAGGAAAGUAAAUAAUGGAACCCGGCUGUACUUUGUGUCUGAACCCUAUUUUAAACGUGACACGAGCCUGCUCUAUGUUGACCUGCCCUCCCCCCACCCCGCUCCUACCUGGAACCCAUUACUUGAAGCAGGGUUUCAGUCCCUCCCCUCAUCCAUCAGUAAAGAGGAACAGCUGAUGUGGGAGAGGAAGAAGGUUAGCACCUGGGGGAUUACAAGUUAUGACAUUCAUCUUCAAUCUGGCAGAUUUAUCUUUCCAGCAGGUGGUUCUCUUUACUACUGCAUGGACAAUGCAACCUCUCAAAAUUCCGUUUUCCCAUACGAAAUUCAGACUAAAACUACAGGGGCUCGUCUAAAUGCGACAAUGUGUCCACACCAUCCUGACCUUGUGGUGUUUGUAAACAACGGAGAUCUCUGGCUGGUCAACCUAGAAACUAGACAGGAGGAAAGGUUGACCUUCUGUCACAAUGCCGGGGCGGAACGGGUAUCUGAUGAUCCCCUCUCAGCAGGGCUUCCAAGCUAUGUAAUGCAAGAAGAAUUUAGUAGAUAUACUGGUUUCUGGUGGAGACCGGAAACCUCGAGCACAAAACAUUCUCGAAGCUAUUCAAUACUCUACGAGGAACUGGACGAAAAAUGUGUAGAAAUCGUUCGAAUUCUAGGCUUUCCAUCCUCCUCCGUAGAGUCGAAACCGGAAGUAGAAGAGUUUAGAUAUCCUCGAGCCGAUACAACGAAUCCUACCUCAACACUCAAACUUCUUAAUUUUACUCUAGGGCACAAUAAUGAAAUACUUGACUGCAGCCAGUAUGUGCUGGUUACAUCCCUCAGAACUUUAUUUCCUUGGCACGAGUAUUUAGUCCGGGCUGGUUGGACCCCUGACGGACAAAAUAUCUGGGUCCAGCUUUUGGACAGCUUCAUCAUCAUCAUCGUUCACAUCGGCAUCGAUAAUCUUUAUCUAAUUAUUUUCGUGGAACUAAUUAUUAUUCCUAAAAAUCAAUUUGUUAGAUGUACUUAUUCAAAUAUAGAAUUACAAAGCCAAAAUGGUUCUGAUAUUUCUAAAGAGCGAGCCCCGGUUCAGGUUAUCACGGUAGAACAAUCCGAUACCUGGGUCAACGUUAACGAUAUUCUUCUUUUUUUACCUCAUUCCCACCCUCAUCAGUUAAAAUUUAUUUGGGCGAGUGAGGAGACGGGUUACAGACAUCUUUAUCUAGUAGUAGUAUCCAUACAUAGAGUAGGGAGGGAUUCUAGUCCGCCAGAUUCAACUUUACUCCCCAGAAUUAUAUCACGUGUCCAGCUUACACAUGGGAACUGGGAGGUUCUAAAUAAACAGGUGUGGUUUGAUGCUCAGCAUGAGCUGGUUUACUUCCACGGACUUCAUCACUCCGUCCUGGAACCUCAUCUCUACGCUGUAUCAUUGAGAAGACCCGGAGAAAUUAGAAAACUUACAACCUCGGGCUUCUCACAUUCAGUGGAGAUGAGUGCGGACUGUAAAAUGAUGGCAACGGUGUUCUCUAGUGUAAAUAAUCUUCCAGGAUGUCAGGUGUUCUCUAUUAGUCAAGCAGACAACACUGUAAAUGGAAUAAAUCUUCAAUCUUUAGGCUGGCUCCUACAGUCAACCCAGCCGGAGAAAGAAUAUCCUCCACCAGAGGUUUUCACCCAUGUACUCUCAACAGGAGAGGAGUUGUACGGGUUGUUGUACAAGCCUCGCAUGUUGCCAGGGGUCAAGUAUCCUGUAAUGUUGAAUGUUUAUGGCGGACCGGAACUACAGUUAGUCAGUAACAGUUUUAAGGGCCUGCGUGAAUUACGAAGUCAUCUGCUUGCAAGUCAAGGAUAUGUUGUGAUUUGUAUAGAUAACAGGGGCUCAUUACAUAGAGGAGUUGCCUGGGAAUCCUGUCUUCGUGGUAAACUUGGUCAAGUUGAACUUCAAGAUCAGUUGGAGAUACUUCAUUCCCUUGCUAGUAUAACAGGUUACAUUGAUUUGGAUCGAGUUGCUAUCCAUGGUUGGUCGUAUGGUGGAUAUCUGUCUCUCAUGGCUCUUAUUCAAUAUCCAAAGGAAUUCAAGGUAGCAGUUGCUGGUGCCCCAGUAACCUCUUGGAAUUAUUAUGAUACUGGAUACACAGAGAGAUACUUAGAUACUCCUUCUGCAAAUCCUACUUCUUAUAAACUAG